GCAUCGGGCCCCCAGGCGGGGCGACAGGCAUCGGGCCCCCAGGCGGGGCGACAGGCAUCGGGCCCCCAGGCGGGGCGACAGGCAUCGGGCCCCCAGGCGGAGCGGCGGGCGCCGGACCCCCAGGCGGAACAACAGGUCUCGGGCCCUCAGGCGGAGCGGCGGGCGCCGGACCCCCGGGUCGAGCGACAGGUCUCGGGCCUUCAGGCGGAGCGGCGGGCGCCGGACCCCCAGGCGGAGCGACAGGUCUCGGGCCCUCAGGCGGAGCGGCGGGCGCCGGACCCCCAGGUGGAGCGACAGGUCUCGGGCCCUCAGGCGGAGCGGCGGGCGCUGGACCCCCAGGUGGAGCGACAGGUCUCGGGCCCUCAGGCGGAGCGGCGGGCGCCGGACCCCCAGGUGGAGCGACAGGUCUCGGGCCCUCAGGCGGAGCGGCGGGCCCCGGACCCCCAGGUGGAGCGACAGGUCUCGGGCCCUCAGGCGGAGCGGCGGGCGCCGGACCCC